AUGUCUUCCACAAAAAUGAACGAAAGUCAUGUUGCGGAUGGAAUGAGGUACGCAUAUACAGAGAAUGACAAUGAUGCUGUAAAGAAAGAACCUCCUAAUACGAAUUCGGAGCAAAUUGAAAAAAAAGAAAAGAAAAAAAUAACUAUAGAAGUAGAUGAAGAUGAUCCGUGUCUCAAGGGUAAAGAGGGAGACGUACUCAGUAAAUCAGUGAUUCGGGUUCCUGGAACGGAUCCACGAUUUCAGCAACAAAAUCAGACGUUACGUUGUUGGGUAAUGUACACCGAUUUCUAUCGCUGUGAACAUAUUUUAGGGGAAGGUUCGGACGCGUGUGCCUGGUUCAAACAAGUUUUCACGACUAUAUGCCCGAAGUAUUGGAUUGAUCAUUGGGACAAUCUCAGAGCGGAAGGCAAAUUUCCUUGGCAUAAAUAUAAAACGCAAGGAGAAUUUCCUGGUGAUAAAUACGGAGUUUAG